AUGUCAGUCGAGCUACGUCCGAUGCCGAACCCCGGCGCCGUCGCCGCUACGCCGCAGAGUCAUGAGGAGGACGGCAACACCGUGAUCCACACUAUGCCGCCCACCGACAGGGGCGCCGCGGCAUGGAAGUUUCUGCUGUCCAGCUUCGUCAUCGAAGCUCUUCUCUGGGGGUUCCCCUUGACCUUUGGAGUCUUUCAGGAAUACUAUUCCUCCCAACCGCAAUUUGAGGGCGACUCCAACAUCGCCGUCAUAGGCACUGUAUCCACCAGUAUCUACUUUCUCGGUGCGCCCCUCGCCGCCCCGUUGGUCAAGCGAUUCCACCGCUACCAGAAACACAUGGUCGUCACCGGCUGGGCCAUGUGCGUCACGUCCCUCGUCGGCGCGUCCUUUGCCACCUCUGUCGCGGGGCUCAUCGCUACCCAGGGCGUUCUAUACGGUUUCGGAUUCCUGAUGCUCUACUUCCCGGUGUUGCGCAUGUUGAACGAGUGGUUCGUCGCCCGGCGCGGCCUCGCGUACGGCGUCCUCUAUGCCGGCGGUGGAUUCAGCGGCGUCGGGAUGCCGUUUCUGCUCCAGGUGCUGCUGGCCGAGUACGGCUACCAGACCACGCUCCGAGCCGUCGCCGUCGCCCAGUUUGUUGGCGUGGCGCCCAUCUUGCACAUGAUCAAGGGGCGGCUGCCCCCAUCGCCGCACGGUGCCAUGCGGAUGUUGGACGUGAGCUUCCUGAGACAGCCGCUUUUCUACUGCUUUGCGCUUUCGAAUCUUUUCCAGGGUUUCGCGUACUACAUUCCAUCUCUGUAUCUGCCUUCGUACGCCACAGCCAUGGGGCUCUCUGGUACCAUGGGGGCGUUGCUCCUCGCAGCGCACAACCUGGCAACGGUUUUUGGACAGAUUGGUUUUGGGUGGCUUUCCGAUCACACGAACAAUGUCUUUAUGCUUAUUUUUCUUUCCUCUUUCACGUCGGCGGUCGCGGCCUUUACACUCUGGGGAUUUGCCCACUCUCUGCCGCUGCUGGUCAUCUUUGCAUUGGUCUUUGGCAUGUUUGCUGGCGGCUUCCUCAUCAGCUGGCCAAAGUUUGGGGCGAUGCUCUCCGACGACCCGCAGCCUGUAUACAGCAUGAUGGCGUUUGGCAAAGGCAUCGGAAAUUUGGCUACUGGUCCGAUUACUGCUGGGUUGUUGACCAAACCGGUGAGCGGAGGAUACGGGAUGGGUCGCUACGAGUCGUUGAUACUCUUCCUGGGCUCUUUCAUGUUGUGCUCUUCCUUGGGAGCAUUUGCCUGGCCCUUGAAGAAGCGAGUGUGA